GGAUUUUUUUUUUUUUUCCAGAGGCAGUGCGUCGAGCUCGCUGCUGUUUGUCUCGUAGGUUUGGCGUACUAUCUCCAGCGUCGGUCGUGAUUACAGGAGUCGCCUGGCGGUCACCGCAUAGGCGUCUAACGGGUUAACUUGCGUAUUAUUUCAGCUGCUUUUCUUCGCCGGGAAUGGACCCUGCGAGUCGGUACCAAGUGUUGCACAAUGAGGACGAUGGGUGUGAGGCCUCCACCAGUGAGGAGCAGCCAUCCACAUCCGCAGCCGCCCAGGCCUCCAGCACACCCGUGCAGGACCAGAACCAGGCUCAGUCCCCGGCUUUAGCAGCAGGAGCAGCAGCAGCCAGUUCUGUGGGGGAGGCAGAGAUGCCACCCCCGCCUUAUGCCUCCAUCGACCUGGGAGCAGCUGCCGCAGCACCUGAAUCGUGUUUUCAAGGCGACUUUCCGGUGCCUCCACCCUACAGCGUUGCUACUUCCCUCCCCACGUAUGAUGAGGCAGAAAAGGCCAAAGCAGCAGCCAUGGCUGCUUCUGCAGUGGAAGUGAUGCCCAGGGACGACGACUUUCCUCCCAGGGACGAUUUCAGUGAUGCGGAUCAGCUCCGAGUCGGGAAUGAUGGGAUUUUCAUGCUAGCUUUUUUUAUGGCCUUCCUCUUCAACUGGAUUGGCUUCUGUCUGUCCUUCUGUCUGACCAACACCAUCGCAGGACGCUACGGUGCCAUCUGCGGCUUUGGCCUCUCCCUCAUCAAGUGGAUUCUCAUUGUUCGGUUUUCCGAUUACUUCACUGGCUACUUCAACGGUCAGUACUGGCUCUGGUGGAUCUUCCUGCUUCUCGGACUGUUGCUCUUCUUCAGAGGCUUUGUGAACUACUUAAAGGUUCGCAACAUGACAGAGAACAUGGCCACCUCUCACAGAACGCGCCUGUUCUUUCUUUACUGAAGGUUUGCACAGCAUCAGCAUUCCUUCUCAAUGUGAACCCCCACCCUCCCCUCGAAUGACCUGAGCUACGGACCUGAAAGCCAAGAGGAGGAGGAGGCAGGGCAGGAACCAAGGAGGCAAAAGUUGCGAGUUUUUUUGUUAUUUGUUUUCCUUUCAAAUCGAAGCUUGAUCUUUCUUCGGUGCCGUUCAGACAAAUGAAUCGAUGCAAAUUAAGUAAAUUUACCCCGGAAGCACAGAGAGGAUCCUGCAGGAGCAGCCGAAACCCCGAUGAGGAAACUUUCCCAUGUUUUCCCAUCAUCCCUUAAAAUGUUCCCUCUUCUCCAGAGAUCACAGUUUUCUCCAGCUUCAAAACAUCUAAGGUACCAGUUUCCUCUGUAACAUUCAGGCUUUCAAAACGGGUCAACGGUUUUUGUACUUGAGGAACCCGAGCAUGUGAGGGAGACCCCUGAGAUGUGCACUGAUGGCUUUACAUAUCACAGAUCCCGAUGCCUCAGUUUCAGGUGUUCCACUCCCCUUUUUUGACAGAGGAAGUCUCUUUGAUCCACCUGGACGUUUUCCACCCGUUCAGGCUGCAAACGGAGUUGCUGAGUGCGGCUUUGGAAUCAAAAGAAAAAUAAAAAGAAAGCGAAAAACGUUCAUCGCAAAUUAAAAGAUGCUUUUUUUGGGGAUCUUUUUCAAGUGCAAAAAAAAUAAAUAUAUAUAUGUAUAUCAGGAAGCUAUAGAGGAGCUAAUCUGGAUUUUGAGGCUGCUGGGAUUGAACUGGAUUUUUUUUUUAAAGAAUAAAAACUCUUUGGAGUAUGCAAGUCUUAUGCAAUUUACUUACAAUAGUCCUGGAUGUCUUGCAAAAACUGAGUAGUUUCAUAGUUUUCUCAGCACCGGCGGAGGUCCGGCGUCACUUAAGGAUGAGUUCAUGCUCUCUCGAUGUCUCAAGUUCUGGAUUUUGAUGAAGACGUUACGAUUUUUUACUUUCUUUUUAGGUUUGACUAAAUAUGGAGCUCCAGAAUACACACAGCUCAGUAAAUACAGAUCAGCUAGAAUGAUAAAAAACGUUUUUAAAAACAUUACACUUCAUUAAUGAGCUUUUUAUUAAACAAAAGUUGCCUCCACCAUAAAAGCUCCUGGAUUAAAAAAACAAAACAAAUAUUUGUAAUCAAUAACACAUUGUUACAUCGUAAAUUUAGCAUCUCGAAAUUAAGGUUUACACAUAGAGAUUUUUAAAGAUAAUAUCACAUUUUUGUGUUUCGAACACAUUUGAAAGUUGGAAAAACAUUUCUUCUGUUGAUUAUAAAUAAAUGGAUUCAUUUGAUAUUUUCUAUUUAUUAGUAUACACACAUGGAGCUCCGUAGGUGAUGCUGGGCGUGGCUCCGGUUAUAUUAAACCCACAGCGUCCGAUGCGCAUGUUGUGGUUUGUGGCGAGCUUGACGGCGAUGAAGUCUGGCUUAAGUCCAGCGUAAAUGGAGCCUGAGAAGUCUGUUGAGUUUUUAAAGGAGCCUGGCAGGACAAGUAAACUUUUUUUUUUUCCUUCAUUCAAAAGUAUGUAUAUAAAAGCUUAUGCCAAUUCCUAAUACUUGCACUUUGAAGAACUUCUGUACAGUAUGAUUCAUGUGGGGGUAGAAGAAGACGAAAGGUAUCUUAGCCAUCCAAGUUUUUUUAUUUUAACUGGAACUCUUAAUCAACCCAAAUGGAUAAAAUCUGAGUUUUGCACUUUGUAUUUCUUAAAACUAUUGUAUUGUUUUUUUGUGUCUUGUUUUGUUGCUUUUAACCUAAAACUGUGACUGUUUAAAGCUUUGCCAAACUUAAGUUUGUGUGUUUUUUGUUUGAAAGCCUUUUUCAGCAAUACUAAGUCCUUUCCCACGAAUGAAGCUGCGCUGCAUGAACUUCCCACCUGAAGAUGUAAUCUGAUGUUAGGAUUAUUCUAGUUCCAAUACACUUUCGUCUUUGUACAUAAUUUUAGGUGGAGUGAAGCGGCAGCCAAACAAUUUGUAUUCUUUUUUGAUGCAGUUGUACUCAUUGACUGUGACUGGAAUCAAAACUGUGCUUGCAAAAAAAAAGCCAAUAAAGUUAUAAAGCCUGCAAUCA